AUGAAAUUCCCUCAAAACCGUUCAAGUUUGAGGUUAAAGUGUAGCCCUUUCCAGUAUCAUAGAGACCUGUUGGUUGGUUUCUGCCAGGUGUAUCCAGAGAGCGGUUUGCAGGAGUUUCUAGAGGAACUCGACGCUCUUUGCGCUCCUGAAGUGGAGAGCGUCAGUCCAGAGACUGACCUUGAAAACACAAAGCCACGUGCAUCUGAAGACUCUCGGGAGCCGUCCGUUCUCAAGGCCACCGAGAAAAAGGUCCGCUUUUCUGAGAACAGUGAUACGAAUGGCACGGAAACACCUUCACAGGUCAAGAACGGCCCUGUGGGAGAAGACAGACAAACACUGGCGCGAGACGGCGCCGAAUGUACUCCGGAGGAGAGCGAAGAGCGGGAAAACCGUGUGCACAGACUGAGUCCGCUCACUGAAGGAAGUGAAGCGUCGCGUCCCAAACCCGGAGAUGUUCGUAUAUCAGCAGAACCGGACGAGAAGCAACACACCAAAAGCUGCUCUAACAGAGGAAACGAGGAGCUGAUGGACUCGAGUCUGUCUGUCCUGAGCCUGGAGUCGUCCGAGUCUCUUCCUGACCACAGCACCGGCGCUGAUCUGGCCAGAGAGAAUGGGAAAGUGGUUUAGAUGGGAAAUGAUGUCACUCACAUCCAGAGCGAAGCGUCGUGCACUAAAACCAAAACGAACAGAAGAACGGAAAUAUCAUUGGCUUAAUGUCGAGUUACUCUAAAAGUAUUUCUGGGAGCGUUUGAGCGUUGUGUUGUUUAUUGGAUGCUGAAAACACUGGUUGUGAUUGUUCUGCUUAGUUUAUCUCUCGUAGGUGAAAGAUUGUUCAUGCUUUAACGCACAGUUAACCUUCUUCUGAGCCACCAAACCCAAAGGUCCAGUGGUUUUUGGGGGAUCUCUGGUGGGAUUUCAGUCUAAAAGCACUACAAACGACUUGAAUGUGUAACUUUAGUGGAACAAACCCACAGACACGGAGUGCGUUUAGACUUAACCAGCACACUAACUGAUUAACCUAGUCUUCUUCACUAGUACUCUUCAUCUUAACUCGUUUAUAUAUCUGAGAGAAGCCUCUCGGUUGUUCUUCGUAAGCACACGUGUCGUGGGGUUUAGUGUGGAUAGUUCACAAGGAUUGUACAAGUAUGUUAAUUAGCACUUUA